AUGGAGUGCUUUGUCCAAGUUCCCUAUGGCUUGUGCCAGGGCUAUGGGCCUGCUAUGCCUUUGGGCCAGCCAGGACUCUGUGAACACAGACAGCCUGACUGGAGGCGAAACCCUGGUCCCCCCACUUUUCUGGCCAGGACUGGGUGGGUGAUGCCUGCAAAUGCCUCUGACUACUUCAUGGACCCUUCCAAGAGGGUGCGGCUUAAGGCCAUUCUCUCCCAGAUGAACCCCAGCCUGCGGUUUUGCAAGGCCAGCACCAGGGAAGUGGGCGUGCAGGUGAGCCCGCGAAUGGACAAGUCUGUGCAGUGCUCCCUGGGCUCUCACACCUUGCACAGCUGCUCCCCUUGGGGCAGCACAGGCCACAAGGUACCUCUGCUGGCCUGGGGAAUCUAUUCACCAGCGAAAGGUCGCAGGAACUUGACCCAGCUGCAGAAGGAGGGGGAAGACCAGGAGAGGAAGGCACUUUUGGGUCCUGUGGAGGCCAGCCAGCAGCAGCAGCAGUCACUGCCAAUGCCAAGGUCUGAAGAGGACAAACAGGAGGAGCUUUGCCAGCAUGAGUUCGGGGAGGAAGACAAGCAGACACAGGGAGUCGGCGGAGCAGAUCUGCUCAGAAAACCCAACUUCCAGUUUUUGGAACCAAAAUAUGGCUAUUUUCACUGUAAAGAUUAUAAGACCAGAUGGGAGAGUGCAUAUGUAUGGUGCAUUUCUGGAACUAAUAAGGUUUAUUUCAAACAACUGUGUUCCAAAUGCCAAAAGAGUGUUAACCCUUCGAGAGUGAAAGGACUUUGUCAGACCUGUUCAAAGUCUCAUUCCUGUCCUCAAAAGAAAAGAUGCAUUGAUCUAAGGAAGCCGCAUUGACAGGAACUGUGUGGUCGCUGCGAGGACAAGAGCUUCUCCUGUGGCAAUGCCUACAGCUUUAAAUACAUCGUGUGACAGGGGCAUGACUUGUACAGGACACCCGAACUUUCCUUGUAACUUAUGGUGCUGUUCCUUUUCUGCAACUUAACUCUGACCUGGUAUUGGAAAAUGGGCUGGGCUUUUGUACUUUUUGUAGGUUGUUUAACAAUUGUACAAAGGGAGUAGAA